AUGCCGCGCUCCUCCUCCUCUUCGUCGUCCAACCCCUUCCACUCCCUCGCCUCCGCCUUCCCCUUCCUCUCCUCCCCGUCCCCAUCCCCACCUGCCUCCGCCUCGCCCUCGCCCUCGCCCUCCGCUGGCCACCUCGCCGUCCCGCUCCUCCUCCCCGUCUCCUCAGCUUCGGCCUCGGCCUCGGCCUCCGAGUCCCGCCGCGGGCCGCAGCCGCUGCCGGGCGCGCGGAUGGCCAAAGCGGGCGCGGCCGGCCGGGGUAAUACGGCUGGCGGUGGCGCGGGGCCCGCGUUCGUGGGCCAGGUGUUCACCAUGCUCGACCCAUCCGGGAACGGGCUCAUGGCCGUUACCACACGCUUCGAGCUCCCGCGCUUCCUCACCAACAGGACUCCUAUGUGGUUCAAAAGGAUGUUAUCACCGUUGAAGAAGAGCGAAAAUAGUCCAGUAUUUAGGUUUUUUAUGGAUCUGAAUGAUGCAGUAUCCUAUGUAAAGCGACUAAAUGUACCAAGCGGCAUGGUGGGGGCUUGUCGCCUUGAUGUAGCAUACGAACAUUUCAAGGAAAAGCCUCACAUGUUCCAGUUUGUUCCAAAUGAAAAGCAGGUCCAGGCUGCCAAUAAGCUAUUGAAGUCACUUCCACAAAGGGGCAGAAGGAAAAAACUUGGUGGUGUUCCUGUUUUUAGUGCGCAAAACUUGAAUAUUGCAGUGGCAACAAAUGAUGGAAUUAGAUGGUACACACCAUACUUUUUUGAUAAAAACUUGUUGGACAAUAUUCUUGAAGCUUCAAUGGAUCAGCAUUUCCAUUCAAUAAUGCAAAAUCGCCAUACACAACGUAGAAGGGAUAUUGUUGAUGAUAGUUUAGCAUCAGAAAUAAUUGAAGAAAGUGCUGAAAGCUUGCUUGAGCCUCCAGAGGUACAAGAAUUAAUGAAUGAGAUUGGCCCAGCUGGUAUACCAUUAAAUGUUGUAACGAAAGCUGCAGAGAUUCAGUUUCUUGAUGUUGUUGAUAAAGUUCUUCUAGGAAAUAAGUGGUUGAGAAAAGCUUCUGGUAUACAACCAAAGUUCCCUUAUGUUGUUGAUUCAUUUGAAGAAAGGACUGCUGUUUCGAUUGCUAAUAUUGCUACUACCAGCAGUUUAACUGCUUCAAAUGAUGACGACUGUUGCCAGAAUAAUCAACAAACUCAAUCUUCUGAGCCAAGUGUUGACAGUGGCAGCUACAGAAAUCACAAUAAUGAAGAUCAUAAUCACUUUCCAUUUAGCAAUCUGCUUCCAAAUAUAUGGCCAGGGCAUGACAGAAAGUUCAAAGCACAAGAAAGUGACAAUAAGUUUAGCAGAUAUGAUGCCGACGUGAAGAGUAAUUUACAAGCAAACCCUCUCCUUCCCAAAAUCACCAUGGUUGGCAUCUCAAUGGGUGAUGGUGCACAGAUGAGCAAAGCUAACUUAAAGAAGACAAUGGAAGACUUGACAAAAGAAUUGGAGCAAACGAGUGAAGAAAAUAUGUUCGGUGAUGAGAAAGACCCACUUUUUGUUGCCAACGUUGGUGACUACUCAAGGAUAACAAAGAUUAGCUCUGCAUGA